AUGCCGACUCAAGUCCUAGUAUCGAUCAGCGACGAGAUUCGCUAUUUCCUCAACUCUCAACCAGCGGCUCUGCGGAAGGUGUACAGGAAUCGUGAUACCAUUGAUUUGGAUGAUCUCUGCAAGAUGGUGGACGACCACAACCGCAGGGUUCAUCACGAUAAGCGUAGCUCUUUCGUUUUGGCUGACGUCAUGAAGAACUGCAAAGUUGUCGCGCGCCUCAAUAAUGAUGAGGAAGAGUUGUCGAAGUUGUCUCCAGUCGAACGUAUGAGAGCCGAAGCAGCGGAGCGGAAAUACCAAAGGUCGAUUGGUGCCGACCUCAAAGGUGCCUCUAGGCUCAAUUUCGUAGCGGCAGCCCAUAGAAAACAAGGCACUUCUACAGUGGCAGAGGAAGUAAAGGGAGUUAGUGAGAAUAUCAGCACUGCGUUACACUUCAUAAUGGCCUUUCUGGGCUCCUUUGCAUUUGGGUACUACUUUAUUAAGAUAUUUCGGGAGUAUAUGGACCCGACAUACAGAUACUUAUUUGGUGGAUUUUGCUGUGUAGUGACACUGUUCGUGGAGGCUUUGUUGUUCAUAGUAAGAGACCAGAAGGCUGAACUCAUUGCAAAAAACGCCCGUAUGAAGGCUCGAGAACGAGCACGUGCCGAAGCGGCCGAAAUGAAGAAGUAUAGAGAGAAGCUCGAGGAGGAGACUCGGAAGGCUGAAGAUGAACCCGACGAGCUGGACGAUGUUCCCGCGGUCACGGCUAUUGAAAAUGGUGAGGGAGAGGAAGAGAGUGAGAGCUCUAUUUUGAGGAGAAGACCUAUCGCGAGUGCAUCUGUGGAGGAAGUCGAUAACUGA